AUGGUCUUUGCACUGCUGUUAUUUCUAGGUAUGUCUUGGGCAUAUCUGGCAGGAUUCCAGCUCCUCUUAAAUGGUUAUAAACUCAUUUCACUUGUGGUAUAUGGCUCCCUGAUCAUUGUCCAUCUCUUCCUUCAAACAGUCUUUGCCCUGUUCGAGAGCAGCAUGACAGAAAAUAAUGUUUUGCAUUGCAGUAGCACCAAUUCGGUAGCCAUAAUCAUACCUGCUUAUCAGGAAGACCCUUUAUAUCUGGCACAAUGUCUUAACUCUGUGAAGAACAUUGAGUAUCCAAGUCACAAGCUGAGAAUUAUCAUGGUCAUUGAUGGGAACUCCAAAGAAGACCAAUACAUGAUGGAUAUGUUCAAAGAGGUUUUCUGCAAUGAAGAUAUUGGGACAUAUGUGUGGAAGGGCAACUAUCAUUCAAGAAAUUUUAAUAGAAUUAUUCAGAAUAAAGAGGAUAACAACAAACAACCACACAAAGACCCUGUCAAUCUGUUUUAUGGGGAGGCAUGUAUUGGAAAUCCAGAGAGAUUAGAAGUGGAGUCAUUAAUCAGGACCAAACGUUGUGUUUGCAUCAUGCAGAAACGGGGAGGAAAGAGAGAAGUAAUGUACACAGCCUUCAAAGCUAUCGGGGACUCUGUGGAUUACAUACAGGUCUGUGAUUCGGAUACAAAGCUUGACUCACAAGCAACUAUGGAACUGGUUAAAGUUUUAGAUUCAAAGGAAAACUAUGGAGCAGUUGGAGGGGAAGUGCGAGUACUCAAUGUCACCGACUCGUUUGUUAGCUUCAUUAGCAGCCUGCGUUACUGGAUCACAUUCAAUAUAGAACGAGCCUGCCAGUCUUACUUUGACUGUGUGUCCUGUAUUAGUGGACCUUUAGGGAUGUACAGGAAUAACUUGCUCCAGCAGUUACUAGAACCCUGGUACAAUCAGAGAUUCCUGGGAAUCCGGUGCACAUUUGGGGACGAUCGUCACUUGACCAAUAGGGUGCUUAGUCUGGGCUAUUCCACCAAGUAUACACACAAGGCUUGGUGCUACACAGAAACUCCAGCUCAAUAUCUGCGCUGGCUUAAUCAACAAAUACGUUGGACCAAGUCAUCCUUCAUUGAGUGGUUCUACAGUUCUCUCUGGUGGCAUAAGCAAAGUCUGUGGAUUACGUAUGAGUCUGUAGUUAUGGGGAUUUUGCCAGUAUUCAUUAUUGUCACAGUUGUCAAGGUAUUCUACCACGAGUCUCUCUGGGACAUUCUCUGGGUGCUCCUCUGCUUCCAUGCCUUUGCACUGCUCAAAGCAUUCAAUGCCGUUUGCCUGAAUGGGAGUCUGGUGAUGAUAUUAGUAUCUCUGCAUCCUGUCAUCUACCUGAGUGGGCUGCUGCCAAUCAAAUGUUUUUCUCUUAUUACCAUUAACAAUAGCAGCUGGGGAACAUCUGGACGCAAAGAGAGAGUCAAGAACUACAUCCCAUUGCUUCCGCUCUUGGUGUGGGGGAUCAUCCUUCUUGUCGGUUUAAUCGAGACUAUAUUCACGGAGACUGAAAGAUCUUGGAUCCACGCUGAACAACCAUCAUAUAAAAACUGUGUGCUCUAUGGUUCACUGGCCUUGUUUUUAUACUGGGCAUGGAUGGUUGCAAUUUACCAUUUUUGGUCAUGGCAACGGCGUAGAAGGAACACUGCAAUGUACCGCGUUGAAGCUUAG